AUGAAGCGGAAUCGCAUCCAUUUCGAGGCCAAUGGCGAUGCCUCGUCCGCCUCGCCCCAAGGCGGGUUUACCCCGGAGGACCAGCGGCAGGCGCAGCAUAUCCCGAAGAUCUCGCGGAGGAUACGCGCAUGCACGGAAUGUAAGCGACACAAGGUCCGGUGUGAUAUGAAGACAGGUGAGUCGGUAUGCUCGCGGUGUCGGCGCAUGGACCUGGAGUGCGUUGUCAACAAGAGCCUCCAGACGCUGCUGGAGGAUGAGGCCGAGAAGUCGCAGCUCCCGGAGCUAUCGUACUACCAGGCUGGCGGCGGAUCGAUCGAGACGCCUUCGAAGAAACGGGGUCGGAAAGAUUCGACAAUUUCGGUGGAUGAAGUUGGCCAUGUCUUGGGACACCACAGCGAGAACAACUCGGCGGAUACCACUGCAGGCAGAGCAACGGGAUCUAGCUCGUCCAAUUACGCCUUCUCUCAACAACAACCGCAAUAUAACAUAGAUCGCGAGGAGACGAGUGCGACAUCGCUGGUGACGGCUCCUAUGGGGAGUUUGUACGAGGUAACGCAGCUUAGUGAAAACCGGGAAAACUCACCAAGCGAGAAGUAUGCGCCUGAUCAAGCCCUGGUGACGGAUUUCAUCUCGCGCGGCGUGGUCGAUCUGCAGGAGGCAGAGGAGUUGUUCUAUCAUUUCGAUCAAGUGCUCAACCGAUACCUCUGGGAUGGGGCACUGUUGGCACAUAAGGAUUUGACAUCUGCUCGACGAUCAUCAUCAAUGUUGUCUGCUGCAAUUCUGGCCGUGACGGCGCUCCAUAUGCCUUCCAAGGAGCGCACAUUCGACACCUGCUACACGGAGUUUGCAAAAUUGGCGUCUGAAUCAAUGCUCGGACAUCACCAUACCAUGGACGACAUUCGCGCACUCUGUAUUGGGGCAUUCUGGCUCGCAGAUGUGAGCUGGAAACUCUCUGGAUAUGCUGUUCGUAUUGCAACCGAGCGCAAUCUGCACCAGUUUUUCCGCAAAGCUGUGCAGGGCUCUCCCGAGCACCUGGAACAAGCCAGACUAUGGUAUCUUCUAUAUACCCUCGAACACCACUUCUCGAUUGCAUACGGCCGACCCCCCAUCAUCCACGAAGAUCCAGCGAUCACCCAACACAAUGUCUUCACACAGUCACCCACAAUAUCCCAAGGAGACCUGAGAUUGCACAGUCAGGUCGACCUAUUCAUCAUAUUGACCCGAAUAUAUUUCGCAUUUGGCCCCGAUGUGGAUCUCGAGGUUCCCGAGAGCGAAUUUCCGAAGAUCGACCAAUUUGACCAGGAUUUGGGAGAUUGGAAAUCGGGCUGGCUGCCUCGACUUGCUGGGAGCCGACACGUCGGUGCAUACCCCUAUAAAGCCGUCUACAUGCACUACCACUUCUCUCGCCUGCAGCUGAACUCAGUCGCUCUUCGAACAUAUCACUCUUCUACCUCCUCCAAGGCUAUGUCGCCCGAGCGCAGAAAGCGUGCUAAUAUAGCGAUUCAAGCAUCGAUUGCCACUCUCCAGGUGGUCUUAGAUGAGCGAGACAUUCAGCGCGCCCUGGUCGGCGUGCCACUGUACCUCCACAGUAUGAUCACUUUCGCGGCAGUAUUCCUACUGAAAAUAGCCGCCAAAACAUGCUCCAACGGAUCGAACCGGGGAGAACGGCGCCAGAACAGCUCUAUCUCCUCAGCGGGCUUGAUCAUUGAUAUUCCCUACGUGCGAGUCUUGGUCGGGCGCAUCGUCGAGGUGAUGGUAUCCUGCAGCCAGCGGGCAAGCGAGCGACACCUCAGCCACCAUAUUGCUCGUGGUCUGCGGAACAUGCUCACUGGCCUGGAAGAGUGGGAGAAACGUAAUAGCACGCAGCAGUCUGUCAAGCCGACCCCCCAGCCGGAGAGACCCUCGUUGUUCAAACCGGUCAUCAUUCCUGGAGCUCAGAUCCUAGGCGAGCGGGAUACCAUCCUGAACCAUCCACCACCGCUAUUGGGCGUAGCACCGCUGUCUGCCGAACGAAGCAAUGGAUUCGACCCGAGUGCUGCAAUGGGUAAGCAGGAGCCGGGCCUUUCAGAGGGCUCAAUGGAUCCCAUGAUGGCGGAUCUGUGGGGAUUUGACGAGGAGUAUUUCCCCACGGGCGUGUUUGAUUUCCUUCAAAGUCAGAUGCCGGCGUAA